AUGAGAGGCCACGUGGUUGCGAAAAAUCAUCCAGUUGUUGUACUCGAUAACAUUACUACUAACCUACCUGCUUGCCACAUAUCAAGAGAGGUUAAGGAUCGUACAUUCAACCUUGUUCUAGCUGAUCCUACUUUUGAUACGCCCGCUCCUGUCGACUUACUAAUUGGCGCUGAUCUCUUUGCCAGUACGCUAAAGGGUGAUGCAAUCCCUCUUGGUGAUGAUAUGCCAACUGCACUGAAUACAGUCUUUGGCUACGUAUUGAUCGGCAAUACACCUGUCGAACCUGUAGAAGGCUUUUCAUCAAUUAAUCUACUGACAAUUACAAAUACUGAUCUUCACCAGUCAAUUCAGAAGUUUUGGCUUCAAGAAAAUGUGCCUGAUGCACCAUCACUUUCUCCAGAUGAACUGAAUUGUGAAACCCAGUUUAGAGAAGGUUAUAGCAGGUGUAAAGAUGGAAAAUUUCAAGUACGUCUACCAUUCAAGCAAUCUCCCCCAGUUCUUGGGAAUUCUUCUUCUGCCCUUUGCAUUUUCAAAUCAUUGGAAAAUCGACUAAACCGCAACCCAGAAUUAAGGAAGAAAUAUGUAGAUUUUAUGAAAGGUUACGAAGACUCAGGUCACAUGGUACGUUGUUCAUCACCUAUUGCAUUGGAACAACCACAUUUCUUUCUCCCUCAUCAUGAAGUUCUCCGAGGAGAAAAAAUUCGUGUAGUUUUUAAUGCUUCUGCUGCUACCUCCUCUGGUCUGUCACUAAAUCAUAUUCUUCACUCUGGACCAAAACUACACAACGACAUUCCAGCCAUCAUCAUGGGCUUCCGCCAACACCGCAUUGUGUUUACAUGUGACAUUCGUCAAAUGUUUAGAAAUAUUUGGAUUCAUCCAGAGGAUCGUAAUUUCCAAUUAAUUUACGGGUGA